AUGAUUCGCGGCGCAGCCGGGAGGCUGACUGUGCAGGCCACGGCGUCGAAACAGCAGAGCUUGGCAACAGCCCUUCAGUGUUACUGCCGCAGAUGGACUAUUGGAGGUACCAUUACUACGCUGCCCAAUGCAACUGUUCGCCGCUCACUGACUACUGCAAUCCCCUCGAUAAGAAACCAUCGCUCACAACACAGUUCUGAGUGGAUCCGCCGUCAUAUUACAGAUCCUUACGUCCAGCGAGCGCAAGAGUGUGACUACAGAAGUCGUUCAGCGUUUAAGUUGAAGCAGCUUGAUGACGAAUAUCUUUUUCUAAGGAAGGAUCGCGUUGUUCUUGACUUGGGGUGCUACCCAGGAGGAUGGUGCCAGGUAGCUGCCAAGCGCUGUCUGGUGCCAGGACACGAACCAACAGAUCAACCCAACGGUGGAGCCUCGACGCCAUCAACUUCCCGUGUCAUUGGGGUUGAUGUCGCCCAGAUGGACCCACUCUCCAACGUGCAGUUUAUUCGGGGGAGGGUUGGCGACGCGAAGACUCUGCAUGCGGUGCUGCAAGCACUGGGAGAUCGAAAGGCAGAUGUUGUGUUGAGUGAUAUGGCACCGGCAUGCACUGGCAUUAGGCACGAUGACCACUACAAUUCUGUGGAGCUUUGCCUCUACGCCGCUGACCUAAUGGAGCAGGUUCUGUGCCUUGGUGGGACUUUCGUCGUUAAGAUAUUCAUGGGGAGCGAAACCGGCAACUACAAAACGUAUCUUAAGAGCAGGUUCAGUCGCGUUACGUCCGCUAAGCCACGGGCUUGUCGCCAAGAGUCGCGGGAAAUGUAUUUCGUCUGCACGGGAUUUAAAGGACGAGACAAAAUGUCUACAGAGGUACAAAUCAAAGGGUCCUUCUCUGCUCGAGAGGGAUACGCAUAA